AUGAGAAGGAAAUCAGAGAAGCGUUCAGGUUUGCUACUUAAAGGGAACACAAUGUUCUUAUGCUUACAUGUGUAUCAGAUAUUAAUGCUCCGCCACAACAAGGUUUAUGAUGUGCUUAAUAAAACGCCACCAUGCAAGAAAGCUUUUGCCAUUGUCCCAUUUAUAAUUCGACGACCUUCAUCAAUUGCGAUUCCACAGCAAUCAUUUCAAGUGUAA